AUGAGACAGCGAUACCUCUGGGUUGAUCGCUUGUGCAUCCUGCAGGACGAUGAAGAUCUCAAGAUGGCACAGAUCAACGCUAUGAACGACAUUUACCAACUCGCAGAAUUCACCAUUGUUGCAGCUGCGAAUGGUGUUGGUGUUGGGCUACCCGGUCUCACUACGCGGCCCAACAUUUCCACUCACAAGAACCAUUGCUGGCAAUUCAUUAAGCACGUGCCUAAAGCAGUCGAGGGUACGGCAUCGGGCGGGAACUCUGCCAUGGAACAUGCCGUUGUCGGGAUAGCCCCUCUCAGCGAGAACCAGGUCAUCAGCUCCAGCGAGUGGAACUCGAGAGCAUGGACAUUUCAGGAGAAGCUGCUCUCCCGGCGGCACAUCUUCUUCAGCUCCGGGCACGUCUACUUCAGUUGCUUCCACGAGGGCUCUGAGCUUCAUAGAUACCCAGACAUCAGGCACUACCGACCACAGGAGGAACCAGAGACUGCCGGCGUCACAAGGACAGGUCAAGACCGGGGUGGAAGAGGUUUCGAAAAGGGCCUCCGAUCCGAUGAGUACAGCGAUGACGGGGUACUCGGAUUUUACCCGCUUCUAGUGGACCAGUAUACUAAACGAACACUCGGCCGUCGGGAAGACGUGCUGAGCGCCUUUGCUGGCGUCGGGAAUGUUGUCGCUGCUCGGGCCAGAACGCAGAUGCUGCUGGGACUUCCGGAGAGAUACUUGGCGCAUAGCCUCCUGUGGUCGUUUUGCUCUCCUCUGGGAGUUACAUAUCGCACGACUGAAGGGCUGAGACUUCCAUCUUGGACAUGGGCUACCCGAAAAGGCUCCGUCGUUUAUCAACGGUCUCUCGGGGGCAAAAUUGACGGCGACUGGUUGGACCCGAUGUAUCAGAUUCACUUUGGACAUCUCGUCUCCUUUUUCUACUGUGACCCGAUCUCUACUGGCCCCUCUAGGCUCAGAAACAUUUGUGAAGGCAGGGUUUGGUUUCCAGAAGAUCGAAUCGAUGGUUCUAUGCGGCAGGAAGACUUCCAGCGAGAUCUUGAAGCCUUCUUUCAACCCAGGGGAGAACUUUGCCUGGUGACUGAGUAUAAGGAUCCUCGACAAGAGGCACCGUGGAUCUCCGUGGUUGACAUGUGGAAACGGUCUCCGCAGAACCCUAUGACAGCUCGCCACCACAUCGAGCUUGAUGAUAAGACCAAAGCCAGGGCUGAAGAACACCCUCGCUGUCUCGUUUUCAACACCACAGUUGCCAGAGUCCGGAUGGGGUCAUACCUUCGCGGCGAUGAUGACGGAAUUCAACUUACGAUCUACAACAAUGAUGGCACAAAGAUAGGAACCACUGCGCCUAUGCAUAGGCAGUGGGCUUUAAAAUGUCUGAGCAUGGGGUCGAGCCACUACAUGAUAGUUGUCGCCGCUGGCCUCAAGUUUCCUGAAACCUGGGAGCAUAAUGCUGUGUUUGCGGGAAGCCGAGGAUUUGGGUUCUAUGUGCUAAUUACAUCUCGCACGAGCGGGCUCUACUCGCGUCUUGGGAUCGGCUUUAUUUCCUUGGAUGGAUGGGCCUCUGUUGAACCCAACUGGGAGCCUGUUAUUCUAGUAUAG